UGUUAACUAAUAGCUCUGCGUGUGUCCGCUAGGUGGCAGGCCGGUAGCGAGCAUCUGACCGGUCACUGCGCCAAUAAACAGUACGCGGCUAGACACGAGCGAGUGCGUUUGUGCAGACGGAGCGCGGACGAGUACGAGAGACGGAGCGAACUCACACAUGGCGCAGCCUGACGAGAACCCCGGCGGGGGCCCGGCCGCUAGUGACGAUGAGAGUGAGCACGGCGCUGUGGUUGCCUUACCAGCGCAGUGGUUAAGUCGAUUAACACAACCUGAUAAACUCGACCUCUCUGUGGACAGAGGAGCCGCCUUCAAGACGUGGAAAACGCGAUGGACCGACUUCGUCACACUUUCUGGCCUGACCGCACAGCCCAAGGCGGUGCAGUUGGCGAUGCUGCGAUCCUGCCUCUCGGACGACACCGUCCAUAUCGUCGAGAAUAUGGGGCUGUCAAGGUCAGACGGCGAGAACGUCAGCAAAAUCAUCGAGAAUCUGGAGCGACACGCUAUAGGACAAGUCAGCCAGGUGAUGCAAAGGCGAGCAUUCAACCUGAGAAUCCAACAGGACGGCGAGACAUUCGACGACUAUGUGACGUGUCUCAGAGACUUGAGCAGGGACUGUGGAUAUUGUGAUCGGUGCAGAGACAGCCUUAUUCGCGAUCGAAUUGUAGUGGGUAUCCGUGAUGCGGAUGUCAUCAGGCGUUUGUGUGCCAUCCAAAGUCUGACUCUGGACGAGGCGAUAAACAUUUGUCGGUCAGAGGAGUGUGCGGCGCGCGACGCCCUUCAGAUCGCGGACGGCAGCGUUGGCCCGGGCGUGGCGGCUGCGCGGCGUGGCUGGUCGGUGGUGCCGCCCGCGGGCACGGUCGGUCGAGGUCGGCGGCCGGACCGUGACGUCACUGACCGCGUUUGGACUGGGCCGGUGGACCGGCGUCGGGCACAGCCCGCCCCUCCCCGUGCGGCCCGGCCCGCUGCCGACCGGCAGUCACGUGAUCGCCCGGGCGAGGCCUGUCGCCGCUGCGGCCGCGGGCGAUGCCGGGGAGAGAACAGCUGCCCCGCCAUUGACAGCGAGUGUUUUCGCUGCGGUGAAUACGGCCAUUGGGGCCGUAUGUGCGACAGGAGACUGGGGCCGAGAAGGGCCAAUGCGGUAUCCGUCGGUGAGAGCGCCUAUGAAGACGACUGUACUCAGCUGAAUAUGGUGACGGUGAACGGUGUUCAGCACAGAUCGGCGCCGACGGUUGCAGUGGACGUGUUCGGUACCAGGCGCGGGAAGUUGCGAGCUCUUCCAGACACUGGAGCCGACAUCAGCCUGGCCGGCCCUGAGUUUGCAGAGAUGUUCGGCCGUGGUCGCAUGACACCUUCAACAGUGCGUCCGAUGGUGGUCGACGGGCGAUCCUGUGACUCCAUAGGCAAGGUGGAGGUCACAAUCAGGAUGGGAGACAUCGAAGUCAACGAGCAGGUCCACAUCAUUCCUGGAGUCAAGCGUCUGAUCCUGUCGUGGAAGACGACGCAGCGCCUCGGCAUCAUUCCAGAGGACUACCCCGAACAGAAGUGGAACAUUCCUCAGGCAUCACGGCAGCGGUAUCGGCGCGGCGGACAAUCACACGGCCAGCCGAGCGGCAGACGGCGGCGCUCGGCCCGCCGGUGGAGCGGCAGACGGCGGCGCUCGGCCCGCUAUCCGAGCGGCAGACGGUGGCGUUCGGCCCGCCGGUGGAGCGGCAGACGGCGGCGUUCGGCCCGCCGGUGGAGCGGCAGACGGCGGCGCUCGGCCCGCCGGUGGAGCGGCAGACGGCGGCGCUCGGCUCGCCGGUGGAGAGGCAGACGGCGGCGCUCGGCCUGCUAUCCGAGCGGCAGACGGCGGCGCUCGGCGCGCCAGCGGAGCAGCGGGCAGCGCGGACCGGCGCCCCAGGGCCAGCGGAGCAGCGGGCGGCGCGGUCCGGAGCACCAGGGCCAGCUGAGCAGCGGGCGGCGCCGACCAGCGCACCGACGGAGCAGUGGGCGGCAUUGCUCCGCGAGUACAACGACGUAUUCAGCGAGAAGAUCAACAUCAUCCCAGGAGAGAAAUACAAGAUUGUUCUGAAGGAAGACGCUCAACCGUACGCUGUUCAUGCUCCUCGGCGCAUUCCGUUCGCUCUCAGGGAGCCCCUGAAGAAGGAACUGGAUAAACUGGAGAAGGAUGGUAUGAUUAUACCAGUGACGACACCGACAGAGUUUUGUGCACCAAUUGUCGUGGCUCCCAAAAAGGACGGAGGCAUCCGCAUGUGCGUCGAUUUCACGAAGCUCAA